AUGGAACCCAGGCUUUGUUCGGACUUUAAUCUCUGCAUCACGGUCCAGGAUGAUCCACAGAAGCUAGUACCACUCCUCCAAGCCCAGCUACCUCAUUCGAUCCCGCUCCUCCGGCGCCUGCAGCAUAAUCUGGCAUUCCCCUCGUCCACUGCGCGACUGCUGACUACGUUCUCAGGGGUCGACCCCCCUGCCUCCUCGCCAUGGCUGGCUGCUUAUGUGGAUCUCGCACGUGGCCGCGAGACGCAGAUGACAAUCUACUCCAGUGUGGAACGAGCGUCGUCUGCUGCCAAUGCUGACACUGUUGCUGACGGCACGGGGAUCAACAUCUCCACUGUCCGCGCACCGCCAGAGACUCUAGCUCACGUACGCGCCCAACUAUUGGCACUACUCUCGUUUACUAAGACAGCCUUGCUGUCUGAGUACCUUGCCUCGCUUGAAACAGACAAGGUCGCAGGCACAGGCACUGCGAGAGUCCUACCCAACACACCGGGUCACAUCCCGCCUCCACCGCCGCAGGCCUUUCUAAUUGGAAACCUGCACACGGGCCUCCUGGCCCUUCUCAAGGCCUCGGGGAAUUACACAGACCCGCAGCCAGUCCCAGGCGUCCGGAUCCAUCGUUACGAUAACAACCCGUACAUCAAGUACCUCUUCCGGGGGGCAUUUGUCACCGACGUAGCCACAAACACAAAAGCAGACCCGAAUGCUAUAAACAGCCAGAACAAAGUACUACCCCCAGGCUAUCGCUUCCAUGACAGAUACGGCCGCAUUGGUGUCCUCCCGCACCACUAUGACCUGAUCCGCGCCCGCACACACCUGCCCCGCUCCAACGAGACCUUAUCCCGGAUCCCGGGAUUAGCUGUCUACGUCGAUCAGGGCCAGCCCCGUCAGCCUCAGCUGGAGUCUCGACCAGAUGUAGCCGAGGACGAAGACGGGAGGGGAAACGACACACCCAUCGCCUGGGCCUUCCUCGGUCUUGACGGGAGUCUGGCCACCCUGUUCGUUGAGCCGGAGCAUCGGGGUAAGGGUCUUGCGGAGCUGCUGUCGCGAGAGGUGAUGCGGCGCGGGAUGGCGGAGGGGGGGAUCUGGAGGAAGAAGGACGAGGGAGGGGACGAGGCCGUAUGGGUUCAUGCGAACGUGCUUGCGACGAAUGGGGCUAGUCGGCGGGUUCUGGGGAAGUUGGGCGGGGAGGUUGGGUGGACGGUUACGUGGACGGUGGUGGAGGUGUAG